AUGCCAAUUAAAACAAUCUAUAAAUUUCACCAAGCGUGUUUAAAUCAUUCUGGACUUAGCUCAGUAAAGAUGGACAAUCUUAUGAUUUGGCUGGAUUCAGAAGACAUUGAGGAUGUAGAAGUACAUGUGCCUGUUGGAACACCACCCGAGGCUGCCACGAGAACGAAACCAAAGAUCCGUAACGAAAGACGCCAACGUUUGAUUCACAGAUCCUUGGCUUAUCAAGUACAAGAGUUCAAUCAAACAUUAAUCGAACAAGCAAAGAUCGUAUUGCCUAAUGCAAAUCUACAUCCAAUUCCAUUCCUAAUUGAACAAAUCGACAAGAAAGACAGACUUGCUCCACACAGCUUAACAUAUGCGAAUAACGCUCAACUCAAAUAUUCCGGAGAAGACGAUAAUAGCGAUAAAGUAGUAAUAAAGCCAACAUCAAGGCUAAAAGUUUUACUGGAAAAGACAAGGAACAUUGAAGACAUUCAUUUUAAGCGUAUAAAUUCUCUUCUGGAAUACUUUGCAGACUCUGAAAACAUAUCUUACCCAGAAUACAAAAAGUAUAUAUCACCUCAACCCAGACCAAAUGUACCACCACCUCUCAACACAAAACUACCCACUUCACCAACUACACAAACUAUGUCGCCAACCCAAAAUCGUUUUACACCACGUCCAACAACAAAUACAGCACAGACCAUUCCUCAAUCACAAAAGAAUCCGAAUGUUCCAUCCAUACCAAAAGUUUCUAGCUCUUACGAUCGGGCACGAGAUCCACGUUUAAAACCAGCACAUCCCCCAAAGCCUCCUACUCCUAGCCAAACAAGCACACAAAAAUUCCAAGAUAACCAACCAGCCAGCGCACCAAACGGAUCAAAUGUACCAAAUGUAUCGAACGUAUCGAACGUAUCGAACGGAUCAAAUGUAUCAAACGGGUCAAAUGUAUCAAACGGGUCAAAUGUAUCAAGCGGGUCAAAUGUAUCAAACGGGUCAAUCUCUCCCGUAUCAAGUUCAUUCAAAUCAUCAAACAUAAAUAAUGGACCCAAGACUUCUAAUUUUCCAAAAAAUGCAAACCCACAAGGCUUAUCAAACACACAGAAUAAAAAUAUAUCGAGGUCACUUGGAGUAGAUGCGCGACUUCCAACAAAUACACCACAACAGCUUCAGAAGCAGCUAGGAACAAUCCCAAAACCAAAUCCGUAUUCAAAUUUGCCACCACCAAUUCCAAUGCCAACACAGCCAGCAAAUCAAUUUGCUAUACAAAAAGAAGCCGCAGCUCGAAAAAUCGUAAAUAAUCCUCUCAAACGCAAGUUUGAAUUUGGUUUUACACAGAACUCUCCUUAUUCUUCCUCAUCAGCAUCAUCGUAUUCUGCGAUAUCAUCUUCCGGAAUUCCAAUGGUCAUCACAUCCAAAACAAACCCGCAAAAUAAUAAACAAUCUUCUUCUUAUUCGUCUUCUGGUGUUGGUGUUGGUUCAAUCUCUGGUCCUGGUGGUGGUAGUGGUGGUGGCAGUGGCAGUGGUAGUGGUAGUGAUGGUGGUGGUACAAACCCUAAUCCUUCAAAAAAAGCUGCUACAGCCAAAACAAAGAGCAGUGGGCUUCCUCCAGACCAACCCGAAAGUUUAUCGGAUCGUGGAAGAAUCAUUAUUUUGAAUGUUGAGCCUACAUCCAAAAAACCAAGGGUUAUCUGUAGAACUCCCGCAGGAGAUAUAGUGCUUGGGCAUCCAAACGAAUUUGAUGAAGCUUGUCACAGUCAGCAUGUUAACCGAUCAGACGAUCUCCACGUCCGCAACUAUAACAAGGUUCCUUACUUUGUGUGCCGGGAUGGAAACCAUUGGAAGAUUAUUGGGCCUGUGUCAAGAAUUGAGCCUGUCGUGAGAGACUUUAUUCUGAAGAAAGGAUCAUCUCAAGUACCUGAACUAUGA